AUGGAUGGUAACAAUCCUCAGAAUCAAGAGCAAAAUCAAGAUAUUCCAAAUACAUCCAGAUCACCAGUCCAAAGAGUUCCGUCUGGCCGUGCUCCUAGUAUCGUAUCAAGCUGUUCGACGAGAAUGACCCAAAGAAACUUUUCAAACUACUGGUCUGUGGAAACCUUUACUGUGCAGUUGGAACUUCACCAGCAUGGAGAAUAUAUGUUGGCUCCAAAAUUCGGCGACAGUGAUUACGAAUUCGUUAUGAAGCUUUUUCCAAACGGAAAAGACGAAGACACUGCUGGCUAUUUGUCGCUAUUCCUGCUGAUCAACAAAUGCCCCAACCCUCGCCUUCGAUUUCGCGUCAGUUUUACUGUUGAAACCGCUGAUGGUUCCAGAAGCUGCCAUCUGAACAAGAAUUUGGUCACGAUCAAUCGCAGUGGGAUAGUUACUGCCAGCAAGUUUUUCUCCUUGGAUAUAAUCAAAAGUUCUCCCGGUGUGUACACCCCAAAUGAUGUUCUGACCAUUGGUUGCCAGCUGACGAUAUUCGGAGAAUCGCUCACAUGGACCACAAAUCAGUUCAGUCCAUACUCAAGAAAACUUAACAAGUCUAUGGCAUCUAUCUGCGGAUCAGCUACUCCUGAUAGGUCAUCAUCCAGAAUCAGUAGUAGCACAUAUGAAGGCAUAGGGUUCCAUGACGCACUCGAUACUGGAGCUUUCUCGGACUUCACAGUCGUCGCUUCUUGUGGCCGCGAAUUUCCGACUCACAUGGUUGUCCUUUCUGCUCGCUCGGACUACUUCAGAGCUCUUCUUCGGAACGAGAACACAUUGGAAUUCACUUCGAAGCGUGUGAAGUUUGAGGAUAUCUCUGCAGGAACUCUUGAAGUCGUUCUACGUCAUCUUUACAAAAUCAAAACGGAAAUCAGUCCACUGGAGGAGGAACAUCUGACAAGAGAGCUUGUUUCGGCAGUGGAUAGACUGAUGAUUCCCACGAUGCGAGAUGAAAUUGCGGAUAUGAUUGGUCGGAAUGUGACAGCAGAAAAUGUGGUAACCCGAAUCAGCAUGGCUGACGAGCUGAAUCUUCAAGACACAUAUCAUUGUCUCCUUGAACUGUUUGCUACUCAUAAAAAAGAAGUACUGCAAUCAGCGCCGUAUAUCGAAAUGAAGGAGGUCAAUCCAAAACUGGCACUCAAGAUUGUCGAAGAUGCGUGGUCCAGUUACGAUGACCCAGUUGGAACCCUUGAUCGACGUAUCAUUGAUCGAAUCACCAUCAACUGA